AUGGAGCAGACGGAGCGAAAAGUGCGGAAGUUUCCACCGCUGAUUACUCAGCAAUGUAAUGAAAUCUGCUAUGGAGACCUUGGCUGUUUCUCGGAUGCUCUGCCCUGGUCUGGGACCACCCAGAGGCUGGUCGCUUCAUUGCCCUGGACUCCAGAAAAGAUCAACACCCGAUUCCUCCUGCUGACCCGAGAAAACCCCGAGCGUCACCAGGAUAUCAGCGCCAGGGACAUUCCCGGCCUCAGAGCUUCUUGGUUCCGGACGUCUCGGAAGACGAUCUUCAUUGUACACGGGAUGGCUGACCGGGCGACGGAUAACUGGGUGUCUGACAUGUGCCACGAGCUGCUGCUGGCGGAAGACGUGAACUGUAUCGCGGUGGAUUGGCGGCGCGGAUCGGGAAACGUGUUGCUGUAUGUGCAGGCCGCCAACAACGGGCGCCUCGUAGGAGCAGAGAUCGCCCAUUUCCUGAGGACACUGCAGGUGGAUCUGGAUUACCCUCCAUGCAACGUUCACAUCAUUGGACACAGUCUGGGCGCUCACAUAGCCGGAGAGGCCGGGAGACGGUUUCCUGGGAUUCGCAGGGUCACCGCUCUGGACCCGGCUCGGCCGUACUUUGACGGCGUGGACAAUGAAGUGCGGCUGGAUUCCUCUGAUGCCGGUUUUGUGGACGUCAUUCACACCGACACAAGCAGGAUAACCGGAGUCGGUAUAGAAAAACCAAUCGGACAUUUUGAUUUUUACCCCAAUGGAGGCAAACUCAUGGCGGGGUGUCCCCACAAGGUGACGGCAUUCCUGUGGAACAAGGACAGUCUGUUGGAGACGUUGGCCUGCGGCCACUUCCGAGCGUUCCUCUAUUACACGCACAGCAUCCCAUCCCCCGGCGGCCUCCUCGGCUACCCCUGUGACAGCUACGAGAACUUCCCCCAGGGCUCUUGCUUCCCCUGCCCCCUCCAGAAAUGCCCCACUAUGGGGCAUCACUCAGAAGAGUAUUACAACAUCACAGAACAGAAG